AGUAGUUUACUUGUACUGUGUUGUGAUAAAACCUAUAAAUUUUGCAUGUUAAAGUGCGAGUAGUUUGUUCAAAAUAUUGUUAAUGUGUGAAAUAAGAAGCUGUCAACACGGAUAAGUAGAAGUUUUAAAACGAUCGUUACUAUCGAGUUGAUUAUUAUCAAUUUUAUUUUCACCGGCAACAACGGUUUGCUAUCGAUUUCGGUGGCGGCUGCUGUUAGCUGUUUUUUUUCUUUUUUUGGGUCUUUUGUGCCCUGCUAUUGUAUUGCUUGGCUAGCUCGGUUGUGCUCGAAAGCGCAAGAUGAGUUUGUGUGGCAAGUGCGAGCAAAAAAUUUGUUUUGAAGAUGCCGUACCUUGUUCGGGGAAGUGUGGAGCGUUUUUUCAUCGUUCUUGCACUACCUUGACUAAAGCGGCGGCAAAAACUAUUAAUGACCAGCCAAAUGUGCAAUACAAGUGCGACCCGUGUCUUGAUAGCGGUGUUGAUGCUGAGAUUACGGAGCUUCUCAUUAAUGUUAAGAAGAUAAAAGAAGAAAUGAAGAACCUUUCUGACAUUUCUGAUUUCAUCUCUGACAUUAAAGAAAGCAUUGCUACUCGAAUCGACGAAGCUAUCAAGAAAGGGUUAGAAGAUGUAAUGAUGUCAUGCAGUGAAAUGUUUCAGAAAAAUAUCAAAACGAUUGUAGAAAGCAGUGUGGCCACUGAAAUUGAAAAAGCAAUAAAAUCGAAUUCACAAAAAAGCAAAAAUGAAAGAAUAGUAAAAGUAAUAAGAAAAAGAGGAACCCAUUCAGAAUCCGACGGGCUCCCCGGUAGUAAAAGACGUGCCGUUGAUACCGAUGAUUUAGAACCGAUGUUAGUUGACGAUGAAGAAAAGGACAACGUUUUUGAAACGCCAACUUUUGCGGAGAUUUUAAAAGGAAAUACAGAAAUUAAAAAUGGUCUUCAAAAUAAAAAAUUACGUGUUCAUCGUCCAAAAAUUGUUAUUAAACCUAACGAAACAAAUCAAAGUAAUGACCAAACAAGGACUUUUUUGAAAUGUAACCUUGAUCCUAAAUUGCAUAAAAUAAAUAACUUAAAAAAUGGCAGGGAUGGUUCCAUUAUUGCCCAAUGCGCGCCAGGGGAAAAUCUUUCUAAAGUAAUUAGUGACAUUGAAAACAGACUUGGUACAAAUUAUACUGCAAUUGUUUCGACUGGCCUACCUAAGAUGAAAAUUGUUGGGAUGAGUGAAAAGUAUGCUCCUGAAGAUUUUGUUGAGUUAUUGACCACACAGAAUGACGAUAUUUUUAUUGAACAUGUAAAGGUCAUAUCUUCUUACGAAAAUCCACGCAUUAAAUACAAUAAAUUUAGUAUAAUAAUUGAAGUUAAUAAUGAUACUUUUGACGCAUUGUUAACGGCUGGAAAAGUCAACAUAGGAUUUGAUAGAUGUUCAGUUUUUGAGGCUAUUAAGGUCCUGAGAUGUUUUAAGUGUGGAGAAUUUGGCCACAUGAGCACAAAAUGUACUAACAGCGAAACUUGUUCAAAAUGUAGUGAAUCCCAUAAGACUGCGGAGUGUACUUCAACUGUAAUGAAAUGUGUUAAUUGUUUGAAAAAGAAUAAGGAGCAAAAAAUGAAUCUUGAUGUAAAUCAUGCUGCAUUUAGUUCAAAAUGUCCAGUUUUUAGACACCUGGCUGCAAUUAAAAGGGAUCGUUUGUACGAGAGUGAAUAGCAAUCAAAUGCUUUCAGAAAAGUAAAU